AUGGCUUCUAAUGUUCAUGUUCUUAUGAUACCUCUAAUGUGCCCCGGUCACCUCAUUCCAAUGGUGGACAUGGCCAAACUCAUGGCACAACAAUCAGCCACCGUCACCGUCGUCAUCACACCCCGUAACGCCGCCAGGUUCGGGGCGGUCCUCCACCGUGCAGUGGCCUCAGGCCACCCUAUCCGAAUCCUCCAACUCCAAUUCCCAGCCUCAGAAUACGGAUUACCAGAAGGAUGUGAAAACGUAGACGAUUUGCCAUCAUUCAAGUUGACCAAGAACUUCUUUGAUGCAACUGCUAAACUCCAAGAACCACUUGAAAAAGUGUUUAACGACCUUAAACCGAAACCAAGUUGUAUGAUUUCUGAUAAACAUUUAACUUGGACAGAAGAUGUAGCAAGAAAGUUCGAGAUUCCAUGGGUUAUUUUCGAUGGAAUGAGUUGUUUCACUCAGUUAGCUACUCAUAAUCUCUGUGUUUCCAAGGUUCAUGAACGGGUGGGCGAUUUCGAUCCAUUUUUGUUGCCGGGUUUACCGGAUAACAUAACCAUGACUAAAUCUCAGCUUCCAGGGUUAUUCAAUCCAGGAAAGAGUGCAGAGGCAAAGGUGAUAAAAACUGUACGUGAGAAAAUUAGAGCAGCAGAAACAGGAGCAUAUGGGGUAGUUAUAAACAGUUUUGAGGAGUUGGAAAGAAGAUAUAUCGACGAAUACAGGAAAGUGAAGCAAAAAGUUUGGUGUAUCGGGCCGUUUUCACAAUCUAACAAGAAUGAUUUAGAUAAAGCUCAACGUGGAAGUAAUGAUUCCAUCAUCACGAGCCAUGAGUGCAUCACCUGGCUCGAUUCUCAGGAACCGGGGAGUGUGGUUUACGCAUGUUUAGGGAGCCUAACGCGACUCACACCACCACAGUUUAUAGAACUGGCUCUAGGGUUAGAAGAGUCAGAAUCCCCGUUUAUUUUAGUGGUGAAAGGAGGGAGUCGAACAGAAGAGAUAGAGAAAUGGUUGGUGGAAGAUGGAUUUGAAAUGAGAGUGAAAGGAAGAGGUGUUUUGAUCCGUGGGUGGGCCCCGCAAGUUCUCAUAUUAUCACAUCCUUCAUUAGGAGCAUUCUUGACUCACUGUGGGUGGAAUUCGACUAUUGAAGGGAUUUGUGCAGGUGUACCGAUGAUAACGUGGCCUCAAUUUGCUGAGCAAUUUUUUAACGAGAGGUUGGUUCUGGAAGUAGUGGGAACGGGUGUGGGUGUUGGGGCUGAAUCAGUGAUGCCGUUAGUUGAGGAAGAUGCAGCCGGGAUGCAAGUGAAACGAGAGGACGUGUGUAAAGCUGUGAAGAUGGUGAUGGAUGAAGGUAUUGAAGGAGAAGAGCGAAGAAAAAAAGCUAAAUAUUUUAGGGAGAUGGCUGAAAAAGCGUUAGAAGAGGAAGGAUCGUCUCAAGUUAAUAUAAAACUGUUCAUUGAAGAUAUCAUGCUACACAUAAAUAAGGACAUGGCAGAUAAGUUAUAG